AUGGCUUCAAAUGAAAAUAGUGACAUCGCUACAAGCAGUUAUGCUGAAGUGAUUAAAUCAACCAAAGGCAAGAUCAAAAUAAACAUUGACGGGUUUCUGUACGUCAAAGACAAAAACCGUGAUGAUUUGUAUUAUUGGGUUUGUGAACGCAAAUCACAAAAGGAAACAAAAUGUACUGCAAGAGCCACUACAAUUUGUAUUGGAGACCAACAUAAGAUUCACAAGUUUUAUGCUCAGCAACACAAUCAUGCACCACAAGCAAGCAAACCUGAAGUUUUGAAAGCCUGCAUGCAAAUGAAGGAAUUAGGUCAAAUUAGCAACGAUCAACCUGCACGAAUUAUUAAUAAUAUUAUUGCUACAACAUCGCGUGAUAUACAACCAUGUUUACCAGGAAAAGAUGCUGCAAGACAACAAAUUAAAAGAGCAAGACGUGUUUGUGAAGAAGAAGCUGAACCGAAAACUUUGGAUGAUUUUAAAUUACCAGAUGCAUAUUGUACUACACUCAGUGGAAUGCAUUUUGCAAAAGAUAUUACCGAUGGAACUCAAAGAAUUUUGCUUUUCACAACAAGUGAAAAUCUUAAAUGGCUGCAGGAAGCGAAAUUUUGGAUUAUGGAUGGAACAUUUAAAACUGUUCCAACACUUUUUCGUCAGUUAUACAGCAUUCACGCACCUGCAGGCGGAAGUGUUAACUUCCGAAUUGUUCCACUGGUUUACGCACUGAUGACUAUGAAAAGCGAAGAAUUAUAUCAAAGAUUAUUUCAGGAAUUAAAUGAAGCGGCAGAAGAACAUGGGUUGGAAUUAAAACCAGAUUUUGUGUUAACUGAUUUUGAAAAAGGUUCAAUCAAUGCAGUAAAAUCAGAAUUUUCAAGUGCUCAAAGUAAAGGCUGUCAUUUUCACUUAGGGCAAGCUGUAUACAGACAAGUUCAAGAUGCAGGAUUGACGCAAAAAUACGGAACUGACGAAAAAUUUAGUCUUCUUAUCAGACAUAUUCCGGCUUUAGCUUUUUUAAGUCCUUUGGAAAUUCCUGAUGCUUUCGACGAAGUGAAAGCUUUACUACCUUCCGAUGCUGAACCGAUAGUUCAAUGGUUUGAAAAUAACUAUGUACAUGGAAGAAUCAAAAGAACAUUAAGAAAUGGCACAAUUAAAAGACAUAAUCCAUUGUUUCCACCAGAAAUGUGGUCUGUCUUCGAUAACAUGGAAUUUGCAUUUCCAAGAACUCAAAACAAGGUUGAAGCCUGGCAUAGACGCUGGGAAAUAUUAAUUGAUCGAUCUCAUGUGGGUAUUUUCACUAUGAUUAAACAGAUUCAAAAAGAACAGAACGAAGUUGAAAUGGAAAUUGAAAAAUCAAUGCGUGGAGAACCAGCUCCAAAGAAGCGCAAAGAAGAUGAAAACAGAGAAUUCAGAAUUCAAAAUGUCAUUGCUGAUCGCGGUAAUAGAUCAACUAUCGAUUUUCUUCGGGGCAUUGCCCAUAAUCUUUCACUAUAA